AUGCACGAAACGAACGAAAGCGAAACGAAUGGGUUGUCUAAGGACGAGGUGUACGAUGUUGUUAUCGUAGGAGGAGGACUCUUCAGCUGUUGUUUGUACUAUUUUUUAAAAGUUAAAAAUGGAAAGCUUAAAAUUUUGAUAAUUGAAAAAGAAGAGAAAUUAGGGGGGUACAUAAAGACACAUAAAUAUAGUAAAGAUAAUACGGAAUUUUUGUAUGAGUUAGGACCAAAUUUAUUUAAAUUAAGUGAAGAGAGUUAUAAUUUACUUAAGCAGUUGAAAUUACUUAGUGAUAUUAGAAUAUUAGACAAAAAACUUAUUCGUUAUAUUUAUUAUAAUAAUAAUUUAUAUCCGUUACAUUUUAAUAUCAUUGGAUAUUUUAUUUUUCCCUUAAUCAAAUUUUCGAAUAAAAUAAAAUUUAUUUUUAAAUUACUUUUUAGAAAGUAUAAGAAUGUGAAUCUAUAUGACUAUGAUAUAUCUGUAGAAAAUUAUAUGAAAGAAAACUUUGACUUACAGCAUUAUAAUUUUUUACUUUUACCUUUGAUUUAUGGAUCAUGUGCUGGUAAGGGUAACAUUUCUGCUAUGUCGUUUUUCUUAAGAAAUUUGAAGCUUCUUAAGAACAGUAGUAGCACGUUGCGCAUUUGGCGUAACAGGGGAACUAGUGAGAGUUGUAGUUCUCCUCGUGGUGAUAAUAGUAGUAGUUGUUGUACUACUACACAAGGAAAGAAAGAGGGUGAUAUGUUUUCCCCCAUAUACAGUUUACUUAACAUGAUUAAUAGCAAAACGACACUAAUUCAUUACGUAAAAAAUAAUAUAUUAAAGGGAUAUAAAUACUCGAAUUAUAAUAAAUACUUACUGAUAAACAAGACGAACAACUACAAAGAUGUUCCUUCAUCCUAUAUUGAGCGAUAUUUUAAAACUAUUAAAAAAAUUUACGUUUUCGUAAAAUACCUGUCGUGUAAAUAUUUUCCUCUGUUUGGUAACCAAACUGGGAAAAAGGAGGGGUGGAAGGAGGGGAAGGAAUCGAAAGGGGAAAACGAAGUGGAAAGGGUGAAAGACGCGGAAGGGGCGAACGAAGCCAAGAAAAGGGUUGUUGGAAAACUUAUAUCCCUAAAGAGUGGACUCUACGAAUUGAUUAAUGCAUUAAGUAGUUAUAUAAAUAAAAAAUACGUGUUUACAAAUCAAGAAGUUGAUCUAAUUAACAGGAUGAAUGAGAAAUUAUGGAUGUGUAGUGUAAGAAAGCAAAGCGAAACUCAAGUGAUAUAUGCAAAGAAUGUUAUUUUGACAGUUAAUUCUAAAAUAUGCUCCCAUAUAUUGAGAACUAUUUUACCAUGUAAUAUUCGGAAAAAUUUGUUCAACAUUUCGUACUCAAAUAUUAUUUGUGUAACUUUAUAUUUUAAUAAGAAAGAUUUAAAUAUACCGAAAAACUUUUUUGGCUUUUUAUCCUCUGAUAAAAAAACUCACGUGUUAGGUUGCUUUUAUAUCAAUAACAUGUUCAAAGAAAGGUGUAGUGAUGAUAAUAUAGCAUUAUUAACAUUAUAUAUUGGUGGUCAGAACAAUGCUAAAGAUAUUUACUUGGAAAAAGAGGAAUUAACACAAAUAAUUUUAAAAGAUUUAAGACAAAUAUUUAAAAUAUAUAACAAUGCACAUCCAACUAUUUUAAAAGUAAAAAAGUGGUAUGAUGCAAUACCUUUUUAUUCGAAUAAUUAUGAAAAAGAUCUGAAAAGUUUUUUGGAUGAAUUGUAUAAACCGCAAUAUAAGAACUUGUUUGUCGAUUCGGGAUGGGUAACAGGAACGUCCAUAUCAGAUAGAAUUGCAUCAGCAAAGGACUUGUCAGACUUUAUGAUACUGAAAAAUCUUAGCAAGCCUUGA